CCAUCUGUCCAUCCGUCCUUCCAUCCGUCCAUCCAUCCAUCCAUCCAUCCAUCCACCCAUCCACCCAUCCAUCUGUCCGUCCGUCCUUCUGUCCGUCCAUCCAUCCAUCCAUCCGAUCACCCAUCCAUCCAUCCAUCC